AAAGACCAUCAGCGUCCGUCUGACCAUGACUGACCUGCCUCGCCCUGAGCAGAGCUGACCGGCCACUGUGGCACAGCAACAUCAUUGAAUGCUACGUUGCAUACUCUCUCGAUGGGGCAUCAUAAUUUCCGUGCCUGUGCAUGGCUGCCAAUGCUGCCAAUGCUGCUGGAGUGCUGAGUCGGACGAUGCUGCUGCAAGAAUAUGUACGAACGCUAGCUCGACCUUCUAAUUCCAUAACAUCAGAGUUUGUCUCGACCGCAGUCAUAACUUCCGUCGCACUUUGAAGCCAAAAGGCGACCAAAUAAGAGGACUGAAUUCCGGAGGUCCAUCCUGUCUCAUCGAGUACUCACAACACGAGCUGCACAACUCGAUGCUUAUAUUAUGAUGCUGCAGCAACUCGUCGGUUGCUCGCACCCCAAGUUUGUUGGGGCCUUUUCUCGGUGCCUCCUGGUGCUCGCGCUCCCACCGCAGUGCUGCUCGAUGCGGUGAAACAUUGCGCGGGACUGAGAACAGAAGGGAAGAGCAGCAGACUAGAGAACGGAAAGGAAGCGACGAGCAAGAGCGAGACGGGAGGCAGGGAUCAACCUCGGGUCCAGGCAUUAAGCGAUCGAGGACUCUGUCACAGAACGCGCCAGCUGAUCAUCUCGUGGAGAAGAGAGGUGAGGAGAGGAGCAGAGAGCAGCAAGGAGGUCGGUGGCCUCCCUAAGCUGACCGGUCGAACAUGCGACACUCCUGCACAUCAGCAGCUCGAGUACAGGAGCUGACAGUGUAGGUGCAGACGGAUAAGAGGCUGCUCGACCAGUCAGAAGUUUCACCGCCACUUCCAAUUCACGAUGUACUUCGCGUGCAGAGCUGCCAGGCUCAUGGGACUUGCCACAAUUGUCUUGGCACUGCUACUGCUUCUGCCCGAGAGCUGGACAAGGGGAGCAGCAGCUCAACCCACAGGAGGCUUGCGGGAAGGAUUCUACAGCCAGAGCUGUCCUCAGGCAGAGUUCAUCGCCCGUCAGACUUUGCAGGCCAAUCUGUUUCUCGAUCUCACCGCUCCAGCUGCACUCCUCCGGCUCGUUUUCCACGAUUGCCAAGUCCAGGGAUGUGAUGGUUCGGUUCUUCUUCAAUCAGACUUCUCCGGAUCCAUCAAGUCAGAGUUGUUGUCCGACAGGAGCUUCGGGAUUCGUCGCUUGGACUUCAUUGACAGGAUCAAAGGCUCUCUGGAGGUGGCAUGCCCCAACACCGUUUCUUGCGCGGACAUUAUUGUUAUGGCAGGCAGAGAUGCUGUGGCUCUGUCUGGAGGGCCCUUCAUGCAAGUCCUACUCGGCAGGAGAGACGGAUUCACCGCCAACAACUUUCGAGCUGAUUCAGAACUACCAGCUGCUACUAUCAACGUGGACGGGCUAAUCAAUGUCUUCGGGCCCAAAGGACUGACCCUCGAGGAGAGUGUUGCACUCAUAGGAGGUGGUCAUACUCUGGGUGUAGGACACUGCGUUAGCUUCAUCGAGCGGUUGUAUCCGCAAGUCGAUCCGGCCAUCAAUCCAUUCAUGGCUGGUACCUUGAGGCUCCUGUGUCCAAAUCCCACCUUCUUCAACAACAUAACCUUCUCGGCCAAUGAUCUCACGAAUGUCCUGUUCGACAAUCAGUACUUCAGAGAUUUGACCAUAGGCCGAGGUCUUCUGACGAUCGACAAUGAAAUAUCCAGAGAUCCGAGGACGUCAGGGAUGGUGAGGUAUUUUGCCAGCAAUCAAGGUUACUUCUUCCAACAGUUUUCCUCCGCGUACAGGAAGCUCACCCAACAUCAGGUGCUGACAGAUGGCGCAGGGGAAAUCAGAAGAAACUGCCACUUUGUGAACGCAAUCCCUCAACAACCUCCUCCAUUCCCGUUCCAAGCUCCUCCAUUCCCGUUCAAGCCUCCUACAUUCCCGUUCCAUCCCAGCGAUACGACUCCUGCGUCAAACUUCAACACAGACCCAACGAUACCAACUGACCCAGCUACUACUGACACACCUUCUACAGCUACCACUGAUAUACCUUCUACCGAUGCGAUCGCUCCACCAUAAGCAUGACUAUAAUCUUACCUACCAUGGCCUCCUUGUGCAAUGUAGAAUUCUCCCUCGACGCUUUGGCCCUCUUCACAGUCAAAUCUUUCUCCGUCCCCUGCUCCUUCUCUUUUACCACCUUCUUCAAAUCAGAAUUACUGUAAUGCUGAUUCGCCGAGCACUCAAGUGCUCCUGUUAAGGACCUGACGUGUUUCGCCUCUGUAAAAAAAUUUGUAGUUGCCAUAUGACGGCCGGCAACUCUCAGCAGUUACAAGGUGCUGUCACUACAGUGGCAGGGGGGUUCUGUUCCGCAGGGCCGACUCACUGUCCGGUGCUCAGAACCUCUGAUGAAAAAUAUGUGUACAUGCUCAUUAUACUGAGAACAGUUUUCACCC